CUGGCUCAUGGUGGCGAUCAUAGCCGGUGGAGGAGGACUUGUUCUGAUGCUGAUUAUCACUGUCAUUGUUUGCUGCUGCCGGGCCAGACGGAAAAAAACCAUGAGAGUUAAGGACGAGGAGGAGCUUCGUUUGGGGUGGUCCAAACCUGAACAAGAACAUCAUCAUCAUCAUCAUCAUCAUGGUCAACAUAAUCAUCCUCCAGGUCAUAAUCACGCUCAUCAUCACCAUCAGCAGCCAGCUGGGCAUACUGGUCCUCGCCAACCUCGCUCCAAACAGCAUCGUGAGCUGCGUGGAAAACUCCCCGAGCCGCCAAACGGCCAACCUCAGCCCAGCCCGAGAAGACCUGCACAGGCCCCCAGACCAGUCAAUAACGUUGAUGAAGAGCAGCCUCCUCCUCUGCCUCAGCCCAGGAAGAAAGCUCCCAAAACGCCAAGAGUGUGACACCACGUGAGCGUUGAAGUUUAGAGAAGAAAAACAGUCCUCCUCAGCUCUACUUAAUUAUUUGCUUUUAUAUCUCUCCUUUGUCCUUCUCUACUGAAGAAGAUUCAUUCUUCCAAAUUCAUACAGGGGGAGCAAUGAGGCUCCUCUGUUGCUUGAUGUUAUGGAUUGUACAUAAAUUGGUAUAAACACAUUUUUACUAACUCCAAUUUUUUUAUUACACUGUUUAUUCAAACUAAAAAUACAAAUUAAAAGAUGCUUGUGAAAACUAGGGUUGGGUAUGGGUCAGGUAUCGACCAAAAUAAAUUGAUUCCAAGUAGUAUCAAAAUGUCUCCCAUCAAACGAUACCUGUAAUCCAUCC